GCCAAGAUUACAUCUUUACAUUUUACUUUACUAAAUUGUUUCGCAUUUGCUGAGUAAAGCGGGAAACAAAAUCAUCCUAAAGUGCCUUUACUAUUGUAAAACUUACUCAUUAUUCUUCGAGUAUACAGCUCUUAAUUAAGUGCGUAAGGCUAUGACUAAGAUCUUUUGGAAUUCGGUGAAAUAGAUUUCUGAAAGAAAUCAAAUCUGACAACCAGAGCGAAGCCCAACUUUUGCUAUAUCUUUUAACCGAUUAACUUUCUAAUGAUUCCAAGAAACUCUCGACAGAAACCAGCCAGAAGUGAGCUCACCAAAGAAGGAGAGCUGCCAAACUCUAUAAAAUCAAAUCUCAAUCGCUGAGAUGUUGUUACGUAAUUGCCAGGUAGCAAGAGUGGGCGCCUCUGGUGAAGCGAAAGGGUUCAGGGCAUCAGCAUUAAUUCGGUUGUCAUUGUCAUUGCCAUGGCCAUUGUCUUUGUGUUUGUCUUUGACAUGUCAAAGCAAAAAAACGGGUUUGAGUUCAACCGACUCGAAAGCCAAAUGCCAGUCGCAAUCGUAACUCAAGAGCAGCAGGUACUUAGCUCACAAGGUGUCGCUAUGGCAAUGUGCGAUGGAUUGCGGAUGCUGUUGUUACUGCCAGCGAUGGUCUUAGCCUGGUCAGUUGUACGUGUGGACGCCACACUCGAUGAGACACUGCAGCAUAUACCCAAAUUAAGCCAUGCCCAAGUGGCGCUAAUCGCUGACAAUGCCACGGCACGUUGCAAGCUAACGCCAGAGCUGUGUGAUUGGCAACUUCAUCUGUACGAGGGGCACGCAUUCAGCGUCCAACUGCCACAAGACAACACCAACAGCAACACCAACAGUACAAGUACAACAACAAGUCCAUCGAGUACAAGCACAACAUCCACAACUAGUUCGCCGCCAGUUGAGACUAAACCCAUUCCCGUAAUCUUUACGGUGCCUGGCAGCGAUCAGAGCCACAAAUUACUUAUCUAUGCGCAGGUGGAGCGACAACAGAGCUGGACAAAGUUGGGCAAGUCACAACGGCAACGACAACGGAGACGACGACGACGACGGCGAAAGCUGUUGGCCAACUUCAAAACGGUUAUGUAAACAAAGCGAUAGACAAGUUCAAAAGUUCCGCUUUGCUGCUUAAAUUCAAUAAAUGAAGACAACAAAUAAAACGACAAAGAACAAAAUCCCAAGAAGUCUUAAAUGGCUCAAGAUUCAUGAUAGUUUCCCAUUUGACUUAUUUAACGUCUUGGAUGCUGUUCUGGCGCUUUAGGCCAGACCAACAAAACUGCCUUGCAGGUUAUCGAACAAUAAAUAAGACUAUUAUCUCAUUAAUGUCCAAUUCACGCCAUGCUGAGCGCUGUCUGCUGUCGGCCGUCCAAACUGGAAGUCAGAACUAGAAGCCGUUGGACCGCUUUCAACUUUAACCUGUGACCGCGUCUACGCGUGUCCCCUUCCCUUGUGCGUCUCCGUAUCCAUCUCCCCUUCGAUAAGCUGUCUAAACACAUUUCAUUUGGUGUGAACUAAGCCGUCAUUAUGCUCAUCUUCUAUUUGUUUACUUAAAUAUUAAUAAAUUGCCUUUUAAAUGCCAGAACGCAUUUAAUU